CAGGCGCACCUGUGAAUCACCUGUUCUGUAGAAGUGCAUCUAUUCCCCAGACACUCCCUGACGCGAAACCGGGAUUGAGAGAAUUCCUCCCGGAGAGGGCGGGACCUGCGCAACGGGCUGACAACCAGCCGCUGGUAGAGCAGCUAGCAGAAUAUCGCCGUCAGUAGGCUACACACACAAGAGCUGCCCCCGGAACUGCUCAGGGUGGACCUCAGCAGUGAAAUUCACAUGUCACGCUCACCCAAGGUGCACCUAAGGAACCCCCUACUAUUGCUUUUGCUUGGACACCUGGGCACCAAGGCUGCUGAAUAAAUCUUGGGCAGCAAACAGAAGAGCAGCUUGUCAAUCACAGAAGGAUUGGUGAGUGGGUGGGGCUUGGAGGAGUGGGGAGGGGCCGCAGGAUGUGCCAUGUCCUCAGAUAUGUGGAGAAGCUCAGACACAGGAAGUGACAUUGGGGAGAUGAUUUCCCCCAGGAAGGACAGCCUCCCCUCCCCAAACCUGGAGGACUCCUUCUUCCCUUUUUCCACGUCCUCCCAGCAAAGGGGACCCCGGAUGUCCCCCGUGGCCGAGACGGACCCCUCGGACGGGCCCCAGGAUGACUCCAGCUCCCUGCUGCUGGAGCAGGACUUGAUCCUGGCCGCCGAGCUGGGCCGAGCCCUCCUGGAGCGGAACGAGGAGCUGACAGCGCAGCUGGAGAAGAAGGACAAAGACAGUGAGGUCCUGGAGCAGGAGAAGCACGUUCUGCAGCGGAAGCUGGAGGUGAGGGAGCUGGAAAGCGGUCAGCGGGAGGCAGAACUACAGGCCGACAUCACCGCGCUCCGAGAGCAGCUGGAUAAACAGCGCAACCAGGGCCGGGAUCGCAGGCGGGAGGAGAGCGAGCAGCUAACCCAGCUGUCCAAUCACAACCAAAAGCUGGUGGAGCAGCUGGCUGAGGCAGUGGCUCUGGAGCACACUCUCCGCUCAGAGUUGCGCACUCUCAGGGAAGAUAUGGACGACAGGAGCCUCAGCAACUCCAUCAGCUCCGCCAGAAUGGAGAGUCUAAUGGCAGAGAACAGACUGCUUCAGGAACGAUACGGACGUGCUGAGGAGCGGCUGAGGUCUGCGCAGGAGGACGGCUCCAGGCUGCGGGCAGAGAGGGAUGGGCUGAGGCAGAGAGUGACAGAGCUGCAGACCAAUCUGGAGGAGAGAGAAGGAGAGCUGGACCAGGAGCGCAGCACGGUGUUCCAGCUGCGUACGCUCACCCACUCUCUGAAGCAGAGGGUCCAGGCCCUGGGGGAGGAGGCCAGCCUGAGUGAGACCACCUGCUUCCCGCUGUCCCUGCAGUGUGAGAUUCAGCAGACCCAGGCAAAGGAGGCUAUUCAAGUUCAUUCCGAACUCCUACAAGAGAAGGAGAGUGAAAUUCAGAAGCUCAAGGAAGAGCUUCAGUCCCGAGAAGGGGAGCUGCAGUCUUUAAAAGAAGAUUUGCAGGCUUUCAGGCACUCUCCUGGACAGCCCAGCUACAGCUUCCUGGAGGCGGAGCUGGCGAAGGUGCGUCAGGAACGCGAUUCACUCACCCAACAGCUCAUGAACACUAUCAAACACAAGGUGGCACUGUCUCAGGAGGUGGAUGCCUGGCAGGAGGACAUGAGGCUAGUGAUCUGCCAGCAGGUGGAGGAGAGGGAGAAAGAGCGAGUGAGGAAGACCACUCUGCAGCGGGGCACUGUCACCAGCCGUUCGCUGCGCAUGCGAGGAGAGGAAGAAAGGCCAAGGAAAGGGGGAUUCUUCUCCUCCUUCUUCAGCAAGGAAUGACGCGCUGCUGUAAUGGGGCUAAUGCAACUGCUAAGGCUAAAGUCUAAAACUAAGGAUAAAGCCUGGAUUCUAGCCAUUAAACUAUUGCACUUUGUCCAUAUCCCUCCAGCUAAGCCAUUGUUACUGUAUAUAUAUAUAUAUAUAUAUAAAUAUAUAUAUAUUCUGUUACUUAAACAAACGUGGAACUUUGGCAGCUGCUGAAGUUCAGAAAGACAUUGUUGCAUAGCUGACUAAUUAAAAUGGCAUAUUUGCUUUAAUGUGGUAUUUGAAGCUAAGCAUAACUGAAGUGCCAGAAGAACAUGCACUUCCUGCCCAGGAUGAGUUGGGGUUUUUUGGAGAUCUACCCCCUCCACUCUCCUCCUUUCCCAUGCCAACCUUGACCCACCCACCAACACCGGCAGCUUUUGUACAAUGUCAAAACAACGUUUGCUUACCAAGAAUUGUAAAUAGUCAAAUAAAUUAAAGGUAUAAGAGAGAGUUAUGAAAUUAUAUUACAUUUUGUACAUGUAAAAAUCCUGGUGGUCUGGCAAACCUGGAAGUCAAACAAUUAAAUCAUUUUUAUGAUA